CUCCCAAUCCAAACAACAGCAUACAACAUAAGCUUGCAAAAUAAAAAUGGCAGUCACUCCCUAUGCACCUGACACACACACAGAGAUCAUACACAGAGAUCAAAGUGUCAAAGUCCGAGGGCCGCGAGAAGACAUUAACCAAAAACCAGGCGAGAGAUCGAAACCGAAUAGCAAGUAAACCCAAGUGAAAGUACAGACAAGGGCUAAGUGAAAAUCAGAAAUCCAGUAAAACAAAACAAAUCAUUCACAGUAAUAGUAAUAUCCAUCAAAGAAAAGCAAACCAACAACAAUAAUCAAUAGGUGAGCAGAGCUCCCGAGAUGCGAACAGAGAUUUGUGGGCGGAGUCUGCAUGUGGAGGCGGCGCGAACGUCAAAUCGAGAGCUUAUCGCUGUACUUAUCUGGACAGGGAUGUUAAAAGAAGUUAACAUUAGUUUCAAAACAUUUCACAACACAUUUAAGAAAUAUUAAAACACUGUUUUAACCCAUUCACUAAAUUUGAAGAGUUAAAUUGCUCGCCCGGAGAAACUAAAGUGCUGACUUACUAUUAACAAUAACUUAGAUGGACCGAAUAACGGCUCUGACCGUAACGUAUCUGACCUAAAGCCGGUCUGCUCACUCACAGGUGGAUUUGGCCCGGAAUCAUCACAGAGCAGAUCUUGCCAAUUAACCCAGCUUCUUGUCUUUAGACUACAGCAAGAAACACAACACAAGGGCCGUUGUGGACAAUGUGAAUUCCACACACAUAGAGACCCGAGGUGGGAUUCACAUCCCCUACCUGUGUGAGAUAACAGUGCUACCCUAAGCCACCACAGCAGCUCUUUAGUGUUAUAUAAUAUCUGAUAAUAGAAUGUUUAUGUAAUUCACCUUCAUGUUGAUCAUAUGUCAUUUGAUUGGUUAGAUUUAGACAUGUAUAGAAUUUUGUAUUUUGUUGAAAGCGGUCUGUUUAUAUUUAAAUUUCCCUUUUCAGUAGCAACUAUGUCAGUUGCAUUCAGCAGUGAUGGUGCUCAGACCAUCCAGAAAAGCCUCGCUGUCGACGUGGUGGUCAGGGAGACCAAGGCAAAGAGCCUUGAAGAAAGCUAUCAGAUUAAGGAGACCUGUGAUUUCAUCCGGGAGAACAAUUUCCAUAAAGUAGCACUGCAGUUCCCAGACAAUUUGUUAGUGGAUUCCAUUAAAAUAGCAUCCAGACUUCAGGAAACUACUGGUGCAAAGCUAUAUAUUCUUGGAGACACUUCCUAUGGCAGCUGCUGUGUGGACGAGGUUGCCGCAGAGCAUGCUGGGGCUCAGUGCAUUGUGCAUUACGGACGGGCCUGUCUCAGUCCGUCGCGAAGGCUGCCCCUCAUGUAUGUGUUUGGAAAGAGGCCCAUUGACCUAUCCAAAUGUGCCACCGCUUUCCAAGAGCUUUACCCUGACCAUCAAAGCCACGUGGUUGUCCUCUAUGAUGUCGUCUAUUCUCACAUCAUAGAUGAUCUUUUGAAGCUCCUGCAGCCUGAAUAUGUAAAUGUGAUCACUUCAGUCCUAAAUGUGGAUGGUGUGGUCUGCAAAAGUUAUGGACAGAUACUUCAACAAGCCAAAGACACUGGACACACCGAAGCUGAAUUAGCCCUAUACGGUGACAGGCUUGUUCAUAAAUAUGGCCGACAGUUUAUCCUAAAGGAAGGAUGCAGUAUUGAGGACUACAGCAUUUUUUAUGUGGGGCAAGAGGGUGUCACCCUAACAAACUUUAUGAUGACCUGGAACAAGUGCUCUUUCUGCUCAUUUGACCCCGAGACAAUGGUAGGGAGGUUUGAGACAAUCAACAUUAACAGGGCUUUGAUGAAGCGAUACUACCUGAUUGAAAAAGCAAAGGACGCCAGCAUUGUAGGCAUUCUGGUUGGCACGCUUGGUGUGGCUAACUACCUAAGUAUUAUUGACCAGCUGAAAAAAAUAAUUCACAAAGCUGGUAAGAAGAGCUACCUGUUUGCCAUGGGCAAACUGAAUGUUGCUAAGCUGGCAAACUUCCUGGAGAUUGACAUAUUUGUGCUAGUUGCUUGCCCAGAGAACUCCUUGUUGGAUUCCAGCGAAUUCUAUCGCCCAGUGGUGACACCCUUCGAAAUGGAGAUUGCCUGCAACAACCAGAGAGAGUGGACAGGGGAUUACAUAAUCGACUUUCAGGAUCUGUUGCCUGGGGCUUGCAGUCAUAUAGAUUGCAGUGAUUCCAAUGAAGACGACGGUGAGACAACUGAUGUGUCGCUCAUCACUGGAGCUCUACGAUCUUCUGGCUUCUCCUCCCUGGAGCCAAAGGACGCUGUGCCUGGAUCAGCUGUGGUACAGAAGAACCAAACCCUGAUGCUGGCACAUGCUAACACAGCAGCCUCGUUCUUAUCUGGCCGGAGUUGGCAGGGGCUGGAUCAGAAACUGGGAGAAACGCCAGUGGUGAAGGCAGUGGAGGGAAGGAGAGGAAUCGCCAUUGCCUAUGAAGAGGAGGGCAGCAGAUACGCAUCGUCUUAGGGGGGGGGAAAGCGCAUUUAUGUUUGGGGUCCAUUUGUCAUUAAACCCAGAAUCAAUAUCCCCAAAGAUCAGAAAGCGAACUGAUUGAUGAUAUUUAACUUCACUGUCUGAGCCUAUGACAAAUGAAAUGACAAUAGACUCAGCCCUGCUAAACAAAGUUUACUGUAUUUUAUAUUUUAUCUAUAUUUUAUAUAUAUAUAUAUAUUGGAUUGUACAUCAAAAUAAAUUAAACAGCUGAAUUCAGCACUAUCAUCA